ACGAGAUUCGCUGUUUAUUCAUACAUGGAUUCUCUAGAAUCUUCUUAAUUGCCUGUCUCCAAUUUCUAUUCAAGACCUCGAUACCACUGCUGUAUGAUUGUGGAACUCGGGCGGUGAUUGGCCGGUGGCCGUUUUAAGUCCGAGAGCCUGAUGCUAUACGGUUAGGGGGUCUUGGGGGCCUAAGACAAUUACAAAGCAGGAGAUAGAUUCAUCAGCUUCGUGAUUAUUAAACACUGUAUGCGCUGUGAGGCGGGGAUAAUGUCGCCGAUAAUGUCAGCCAUACCGGGGACUUGUUGGAGCCCUAUAACGAACUCUAUAUAAACCUGCACGCACCCUCUGUAAUCACCAUCACAGCAGCAUCAAUCUCAACAGUCAACUCUUCCAAGUCCAUAGUUCCUCUUUAUCAGUUAAUUACUAUGUCGAACACCGCAGCCUGGCUCGUCGGGCCCAAGUCCCACCCCCUCCAAGUCAAAGAGGCCCCAACCUGGGAGCCCUCCGCAGACGAAAUCCUCGUCAAGAACCACGCCGUCGCCAUAAACCCCGUCGACGGCAUCAUCCAAUCGACCGCAUUCUGGCCCCUCAACUACCCAACAAUCCUCGGCCACGACAUCGCCGGCGAAGUGGCCGCCGUGGGCUCCAACGUCACCCGCUUCAAGCCCGGCGACCGCGUGCUCGGACAUGCAGUGGGCCUGAUCACGCAGCGCCAUCAAGACGCUGGAUUCCAGGCAUACACCAUCAUCGGUUCAAACAUGGCCAGUCCUAUUCCUGACGACAUCCCCUACGAGCGAGCCGCUGUGAUUCCACUCGGCUUCUCUACCGCGGCCGCAGCGCUCUUCCCGAAGGACUUUCUCAACCUGCAGCACCCAACUGUACCAGCAUCCAAGCCCACCGGUAAGACAGUCUUGGUCUGGGGCGGCGCAAGCAGCGUCGGCUGCAACACGAUCCAGCUCGCCGUUGCGGCAGGAUAUGAGGUUAUCACCACCGCGUCGGCGAAGAACUUCGCAUACGUGAAGAGUCUCGGCGCGGCGGAGGUAUUCGACUACAACAGCCCAACGGUAAUCGACGACCUUGUCGCCGCACUGAAGGGUAAGACCCUAGUCGGUGGUGUGGAUUGUAUCGGCCCCGGGGCGUCGGAGCAGACAAUUGAAGUCGUGAAGCGCGCCGGGGGUGUGCAGUUUGUUGCGACUGCCAGAGAAGCGCCUGAGGAUGAUGAUGUGACUGCCAAGAUGAUCUAUGCAACGAGUAUUAAGGACAAUGAGGUUGCGAAGGCUGUCUAUGAGGACUUUCUGCCGCGGGCGCUGGUGCAGAAGAUGUAUGUUGCUGCGCCGGAGCCGCUUGUUGUCGGAUCUGGGUUGGAGAGUAUCCAGGAGGCUGUUGAUAUUCAGGCGAAGGGCACGUCUGCGAGAAAGGUUGUUGUUACGCUGUAGGGUGUUUGAUAUGUGUCAUCCGCAUGGGAUGAGUUUGAAUAUCUGAUAGUGAGAGCUAUAUAAAUAUACUUGAUUCCAUAAAUGCAAGGCAACCAUACUAGAAGUGUAAGAGUAAGCACUUCCUAGGUUGGUAGUACACAAAGGAGAGGGCAUGCAGGUUCAAUCGCUGGUGCGUGGAUAGAUCGUUCCCUCAUAGUACUGGCUACCAGGCGUUUUGCAAUGGUUCGCUGUCUUAGUCCGAG